CGAGGCAGCCAUACUCGGCGCCAUCUUGGCUCAUCAAUAUAUGAUAUAAUGGUUUACAAACACAAAAGGGUAAUUUAUUAGAGUACUCGAUUAAUCGAAAAAAAGAUUCGAUAGAGUACUCGAUUACAAAAAUAUUCGAUAGCUGCAGCCCUACUUGUGUUUGUAACGUGUUUUAACUCCUGGAAUCCAUUUGGCGUUCCUGAUGAAGGAAACUUUAAAGGUUUAAAGUUUGUUUCAGUUUUUUGUUUUCCGUUGAGUUCAGAGCUUCAGUUAGCCUCUUCCAGGUUAACCCGCAGGGUCGAGUCCUUAACUAGUCACAGGAACCAGAGAUCCACCACCUGGGAUUGUGGAAGAUCAUGGUGACUAUUUUAUUAUUCCCCACCAGAAAUCCGAUUGGCCAAGGCUGAUGAUCCCAGUCGUGCUACGUCUCCAACUUAGACCUCAGAUGUAGCGAGUGUGUCGGUGUGAUCGCGGACCAUCAUGCACCUCUUCCUGCUGCUGAUCCUUCCGGUUCCGGCAGUCAUUGGACAGAUCGAUCCAGAGCACUGUCGCUAUGCUUUGGGCAUGGAAGAUGGGCGGAUCAAAGAUGAGGACAUUACAGCGUCCAGCCAAUGGUACGACACCACAGGACCGCAGUACGCCAGGUUGCACUGUGAUAACGGGGACGGCGCCUGGUGUCCCAAAGGACCGCUGGAGCCUUCAGACAGUCAGUACCUGCAGAUCGACCUAAAAAAGCUCACCUUCCUCACGCUGAUCGGGACUCAGGGACGAUACGCUGGGAAUUUGGGGAAAGAAUUCGCCCAGGAGUACCGCCUCAACUACAGCCGAGACGGACAGCUGUGGAAGUCCUGGAAGAAUCGGCAGGGCCAGGGGGUACUGUUUGGUAACAAAAACACCUACGCUGUUUCCUCCAAUGACCUCAAGCCUCCCAUCAUCGCUCGUUUCGUCCGCGUGAUUCCCGUCACCAAGCUGUCCAGCACCGUGUGCAUGAGGCUGGAGCUGUACGGCUGUCCGUGGGACGAUGGUCUGAUCUCCUACAGCGCUCCCGUCGCCAGCCUCAACGACUCCACGUACGACGGCGUUCUGGACAGAAGGAAACUGUCUGGUGGUCUGGGCCAGCUGACAGACGGCAUGACGGGUCUGGAUGACUACCUGAUGACCCGUCAGUUCAACGUGUGGCCCGGAUACGACUACCUGGGCUGGAAGAACGACACGCCGGGAACUCAGGAAUACGUGGAGAUGGAGUUUGUGUUCGACGGGCCGAGAAACUUCACCUCCAUGAAGGUUCACAGCAACAACAUGUUCUCCCGCGGUGUGAAGAUCUUCUCCUCCGUUUCCUGUUGGUUUAAGCUCCGCCUUAAUUCCCCCUGGGAGGCGGAGCCUGUGGUGUUUAAAACCGUGUUGGACGACAGGAACCCGAGUGCCCGAUACGUCACCGUGCCACUGAACCGCCACUCUGCCAAAUACGUCCGCUGCCGCUUCCACUUUGCUGAUGUCUGGAUGAUGUUCAGUGAGAUCUCGUUUCUGUCGGAGGACACCAUACUUGCAUCAGAGAUCCCAGAGAUUGGAACUUCUGCUCCAGAUGAAGACAUCAGCACAACCAUCACAACAAAGACAGCUGUUCCAUCAUCCAGCGACUCUUCAGAGGAGGGGAACAUGCCCAUUCUGAUUGGCUGCCUGGUGACCAUCAUUCUGCUGUUGGUCGUCAUCAUCUUCCUCAUCCUGUGGUGCCAGUGUGUCUGCAAAGUUCUGGAGAAGGCUCCGCGACGGAUCCUUGAUGAGGAGGUAACGGUUCGACUGUCCUCCUGCAGCGACACCAUCAUCCUGCAGACGCCCCCUGUACCCCCCCGCUCUAGGCACCCUCCAGCAGGUACCACCCAUGCAGACCCCCACUAUGAAAGAAUCUUCUUGCUGGACCCACAGUACCAGAACCCGGUGGCGCUGAGGAACAAGCUACCAGAGCUGCCUCAGAGCGCCGAGGCUUCAGCCCUCCUCCUGGGUAAUCCUCUCUAUGACCUCCUCCUGCUGACUUCCUGUCACAAGAUGUCCGGCUGGCUUCGUGCAUGCGGGGGGGGCUACGCUGAGCCAGACGUCACCCAGUGCACCCCCCACCAGUGCUUCAACAGCAGCGCGCCGCACUACGCCGAGACCGACAUCGUGCGGCUGCAGGGCGUCACCGGCAGCAACAUGUACGCCGUCCCCGCCCUCACCGUGGACUCCCUCACCAGGAAGGACAUCUCUGCUGCCGAGUUCCCACGGCAACAGCUCAUCUUCAGGGAGAAGCUGGGGGAGGGGCAGUUUGGAGAGGUCCACCUGUGUGAAGCUGAGGGACUCCCAGAUUUCCUCAGGGAAGGGUCGCCCCUCCAGGACAGGGACCGCCGCUCGGUGCUGGUGGCCGUUAAACAGCUGAGAGCCGACGCCACCAGUCAGGCCAGGAACGACUUCCUGAAGGAGAUAAAGAUCAUGUCUCGCCUGGACGACCCGAACAUCAUCCGGCUGCUGUGUGUGUGUGUGUCGUCCGACCCGCUCUGCAUGGUGACCGAGUACAUGGAGAACGGAGACCUGAACAUGUUCCUGUCGCAGCGGGAGAUCGAGAGCACGCUGACGCACGCCAACAACAUCCCGUCAGUCAGCCUCUCUGACCUCCUCCACAUGGCCGUGCAGAUCUCCUCCGGGAUGAGGUACUUGGCGUCGCUGAACUUCGUGCACCGAGACCUGGCCACCAGGAACUGCCUGCUGGACCGCCGCCUCACCAUCAAGAUCGCCGACUUCGGGAUGAGCAGGAACCUGUACAGCAGCGACUACUACCGGAUCCAGGGCCGGGCCGUGCUGCCCAUACGAUGGAUGGCCUGGGAGAGCAUCCUGCUGGGGAAGUUCACGACAGCGAGCGACGUGUGGGCCUUUGGAGUGACGCUGUGGGAGGUCUUCACGCUGUGCAAGGAGCAGCCCUACAGCCUGCUGUCUGACGAACAAGUCAUCGAGAACUCGGGCGAGUUCUUCAGGAACCAGGGCAGACAGGUCUUCCUCUACGCCCCGCCGCUCUGCCCUCCCUCUCUCUUUGAGCUGAUGAUGCGCUGUUGGAGUCGAAACAUCCUGGACCGGCCCACCUUUGAGGGACUUUACCAAGCCCUGAGGCCCCAGGUGAACCCGUGAGUGGUCCGGUUCUGACAGGCUGAUGGUUUACGGUGCAGGAGCCGCUGGGGAAACCUCUCCAGCCUGACAGACGAGACAAAGGGAGAAAAAACCCAUCAGUUUGUGGUGAUCGGAGGUCUUUGUUGCUGCCGACGUUUCCCAGAACCUUCCAUGUCAGAACUUUUCUGCUUGGUGCCGGACGGCCCAGACCUUCAUCCUGUUCUGACGCUUAAAGCCAGAGACGUCUCCGGCUUUCUGUCCAUGCGGAUCUUCCUUUUGAAGCACUGUCCGUGUCUCAGUCGCUCGUCUAGAUCCACCCACACUGGAGCUGAGGUCAAAGUGUAGCAAAGUCUGGGCUUCUACGUGUUGGUUUGUGUUUUUUCUCUUGUUCUGGAGUGUUUGAACACUUCCUGGUUGCUGCUGUGGUCGUUGUUGGUUGGUGCCGCGGCGCCAGGAGGCUGACAACCCAUCAGAGAGACGCUGUGGGACGUUUAAAUCCAAAAAAAAAAAAAAAAACUCAUGGAAAGAGUCAAAACAUGCAGGAAACAACAAGUGGACUUUAAAACUCGUGUUUGUGUCCUGAUGUGUGAUGAAAGACGCUACAGACUCGUUUAUCUGCAUUUAUGUCCCAACAGAGACGCCGUACAAACGAACGUUGUUUCGUCGAGCUACAAAACGUCUCAGGCACUAAAAACGGAUGUUUUGGUGUUUUUAUGUCAUGAAUGAGAAAAUAAAACUGUAUAAAGGUCCCCUUUAAUCUGAGUUUGAGCUAAAUCAUGAACAGGUUGUGUUUUUAUCUCUGAGUAGCAGAAACGUGUUUAAAGUUCCUUCGUAAAAACAAAAAGUACAGUUUUAUUGUUAGAAACUGUUUUUAUUAGCAGAUUAUAAAAUCUUUUAUCACUGAUUCUUUUACUAUUGAUUCUAACUUCAUUCAUGUCUUCUAAAUAGAAUAUACCGGUAUAAAUAUUUUUACGAUGAUCUUCAGACCCCCCCCAUUCCUUGCCCAUGCAGGUGAUGUUCAGAGCUAUCAAAAUAAAAGUCAGAUUAGCUUAAACUAAUCCAGGUCAGUUGAUGGUUUCCAGUUUCUCUCCAACACACAAAACGAUAAAGGUCAUGGUUAUGGUGCUGGAGGUCAUGUGACCAUUUCUUCAGCUGGAGACACUGAAAUGCUUUAUUUUGAAAGGUUUCUCCUUGUUUUUGGUAUUUGUCCGUGCUUUUUAAAUCUUAGAAUCAGUGUCUGAAGUUCAGAACUGACUAUUAAAGAUCAAGUUGCUUCUGCAGGUUGUAAGAGUGAUGAUGAUGAUGAUGAUGAUGAUGAUGAUGAUGAUUACAUACGAUAAUAACAGGCCUGAUCAGAUCGGUAGGGAGAGGGAAAAUGUAAAUUUAGCAUCUUCUGAAGGAAAUUCCUGCACCAACAUGGAGUUGCUAUCUCUAGUCUGACCACUAGGUGUCAGUAAACGACACACACUGACCCUUUAAAGAUGCUUUAUCUUAGUUUUCGUGGUUACAGCCCAGAAGGCUGCUGGGUUUUUACUCCUACGUUAAAGACAGGAAGGUCUAACUACAUCAGCUGUUUUCUGAUAAUAAAGAUCAAAAGAUCUAACCAGAAAGUGAAAAAAUUAUGUUUUAGAUCUUUUAUUAAAUGUUUGUUUUUAUCUGAAAACUAAACAGGAAGUGAACUUUAUCAGAGUUUUGUUGUCUGUACUGUAUUGUGUGUGUGUGUGUGUGUGUGUGUGUGUGUGUGUGUGUGUGUGUGUGUGUGUGUGUGUGUGUGUGUGUGUGUGUGUGUGUGUGGUAAAAUUUGACAUUCCUUUGAUCACUGGGAGCUGAUUGGGAUAACCCUGGUUCACUGCGGAUUAAACCAGUGAACUCAAUGUCCCAGAAUCCUUUGCUACCGUGAGCCUGUGUUGUUUGGGAGAGCUCUAUGAAAUCUGAGUGUGUGAAUGCAGAUUAGGUGUGAUUAAUAACUGAUGUACGGGGAAGGUGUUGGAUGCUGAUGCUCCUGUACGAUUCAGACUUUCUGUAAUAAAACAAACUUUCAUCUGUCUAUAUUAAUAUAUUGGGAGGUGAUGAUGGUGUUUCCUGGGGUCCCAAGUCUUUUUUACGUUGUACUCUUGAUGUUUCUGGUUUGAUCUUAUAAUAAACACUCUAAAAGAA